AUGUCCUCUUCAGGGGUAAACCUAGAAAAGUAUCAAAUUCCACUGGAGGAGAUCAUUCGAGCCACAAACAACUUCAGUUCAGAAUCUAAGAUUGGAGAUGGUGGAUUUGGAAUGGUCUACAUAGGACAACUAUCAAAACACUGGCAUAAAGCCAAGGUAGCCAUCAAACGCCUUGAUCAUAAUGGUUAUCAAGGAAGCAAUGAGUUCCAUAAUGAACUCAAAAUGGUAUCCAGUUUCAACCAUCCAAACAUCGUCCCUUUUAUUGGUUAUUGUGAUGAUGAAAAUGAAAUGAUCAUUGUGUAUGAGUAUGCUAUCAAUGGAAGCCUUGACAGGCUUCUCGAAGACCCGAACAAGUGGCGUUAUGUAACAUGGGCACAACGCAUGAGGAUUUGUUUAGGAGCAGCAAGAGGACUCAAGUACCUUCACUCUGGUCUUGGGGAGAACAGGAGAGUAAUUCACAGAGACGUAAAAAGUGCAAAUAUACUGUUAGAUGAGCAUCUCCAAGCCAAAAUUUCUGAUUUCGGUUUGUCAAGAUUUGGUCCACGAAAUCAGCCACAUAGUCAACUCAUUACAAAGGCUUCGGGUACAAGGUUUUACAUAGAUCCUCUUUACAAUGAAAGGGGUAGGCUCUCGAAAGAAUCAGACGUGUACUCAUUUGGAGUUGUACUCUUUGAAAUGUCAAGUGGCAUGCUAGCUUAUCGUACAAAGUGCUUUGGAGAUGGAAAGGAACAAUAUCUAUUGGACCUAGUACGAAGCUAUUAUGACGAUGAAGAAGUCCAUGGGCUCGACAAGUUAAUUGAUCCUAUUAUGAGAGAUGAUAUUAAUAUGAGAUCUUUUCAUACGUUUAACGGAAUUGCACACGAGUGUGUUAAUUUGGAUUCAAAGAAGCGCCCUACGAUGGAAAGGAUCAUUCGCGAGAUUGAGAAAGCAUCGGAUAUUCAGCUUCCACAUAUUCAUUCUCCUCCUGCUGCUAAUAUGGUUGGGGGUAUUAUAAUGCCACUGAUUAUUGAAGAUCUUCCUGGUGUAUCGGUUCCACAAGAGCAUAACAGUGUUUCAGAUGAUGUGGUAGCACUUGCACCUGUUGGAUACAAGGUUAAUAAUCGACUUCGCUUUCCUGCACUCUUGAAAGAAUUUCUUAAUCCUAUUAAAGUAUCCGCAGAGGAAUUUUUCUCUGAGUGGAGAUUACUAGCCAGACCUCCUCUGAAACUUCAAGAAGUGGUUAAAGGUGUGAAUUUGAUGUCAUUGGAAGAAAUGACAAAAUUGUUCCAUAGUUUGAGGUUGAUGGUUUGUCCUGGACUGGAUCCAAAUGCAAAUAAUCUAGUUGCAAGCACAGACUUCUAUUCCAAGGAUAUAGGAGCCAUGUUAUGCUUGGUAAGAAUUGAAACAGAUCCAGCUGACAGAACACAGCUCCGCAUGACAGUUGCAUCAAGGAAUCCAACACUAACAUUCCAGUUGAAAGAAUUCAUCAAGAAAUAUGUGGAUACUAAUGUAAAGCCAAUAAGAGAUAUAGCAGAAGGAUUCUAUGCUUUAUGCCUCAAAGAUAUAGGAGUCCUGUAUGAAGAUCCUUAUAUUCAGAUUGGCAUCAAAGCAGAAUGGCAAAAACACUAUGGCCGCAUUGUACUUUUCAUUGGAAACAAGAAUGCUAGUGCCCCACUUGAAUCAGUACAUGUGGUGAUAUUACCUCUACCCCAUUUGAAGUUGGAGCUUUCAUUAGUACCAGAAACUAUAGCUCCACGUGCACAGGUUCAAUGCCCACUUGAAGUGAUAAAUCUCAACCCAAGUUGCGAUGUUGCUGUUCUCGAUUUCUCCUACAAGUUUCAAAAGAAAUUGGUUAUUAAUAGACUUCGCCUUCCUAUAGUCUUGAACAAAUUCUUGAAUCCUAUUCAAGUAUCCGUUGAGAAUUUUUUCUCCCAGUGGAGAUCACUAGCUGGACCUCCUUUGAAACUUCAACAAGUGGUUAGGGGUGUGAGACCAAUAUCAUUGAAAGAAAUGGAAAAUUUGUUCAAUAGCUUAAGGUUGAUGGUUUGUCAAGGACUGGAUACAAGUGUAAAUAAUAUAGUUGCAAGCACAACCUUCUAUUCCCAGAGUACAGGAGCUAUGCUAUGUUUGGUAAGAAUUGAAACCGAUCCAGCUGAUAGAACGCAGAUCCGCAUGACAGUCGCAUCAAGGAAUCCAACAUUAACAUUCGAGUUGAAGGAAGAUCAUCAAGGAACAUUUAGUUAG